AUUCUUCCCCAUGUUCUACUCAACAAAAUUGUAUAUUAUCUAAACCCAAUGUAUUAAUUUCUAAUAUUGUAGAGAACUUGACUAUUAAUUAUGACAUAUCUAACACGAAUGAACAUCAGAACGUUGAGUUUAACAGUCAAGAAAAACUUGAGAUUGUUUCUGACUCA